AUCGAUUUCGGGCAGUCGAUACAACAACAGUUCGGAGUGCAGCAAAAGUGCGGGAAAUCUGCGGAAAUGCUAUUAAUCGAACAUUAAGGGAUAACUCGCCCAGCCGCGCUCUAGCAUUCAUCAUUUCCCUUUGUUUGCGGCGGCGGCGCUCGUUGUACGGCCGUGCGAAUCGAAAGAAAAUCGCAUUAAAUCGCGGAAAGUGCACAAGCCCCGUGCGGCAAUGUAAAUAAACAAGGCUCUGAUGAGCAGUUGCCGAUCAAGUGCUUCGAUUAGCCAGCAAAAUGUGCGUAGAAGGCGAGAUUCAGUGACGAAAACAACAACUACGUGCUGCUGCGUUCAUUGACGUGACGCGCGAGCGUGAGUGUGUGCGUGCGUGUGUGUUUGUGUGUGUGUGCUGGCUGCUGGCGAGUGCGUGUGUGUGUGCUCCCCAUAUGUGUGUUGUCGAAAAGCGUUUUUCAAACAACAAGCCAGCAACAAACAAAUCACAACAGCACGUCACAAAUUGCAAUAGAAGCAGAAGCAGCAACACCUCAAAUUCAAUAAAAAGGCCCCCCAACAACAGCAUCUGUCGUGUUCUCAGAGAGUGAGAAAAAGAAAGAGCGUGCAAGAGUGAGAGAGGGGGCAAAAAGAAAGUCAACAGUCGCGUGUGAAAUGAAAUUCGAAAGAUGCCCGCGUGUGUGUGUGUUGAGUGUAUAGAAUUGAGUAAGAAGCAGCGCGGCAAAAGGAAAUAAGCAAAAGCAAUAGCCAAGAGGAACCAACAACCAGCAGCAACAGCAGCAACAAAUUAACCAAUGAAUCAAUCAAAAUUGGCAUAAUUUGCAUUCGCCGACGUUAUUGUCUCUAAAACCCCCCUGAAAAAACACCACACAACAGAAGAGCAGCACAAAUCUUUUGCCAAUGAGUCGCAGACAGUCAUUGGAUCGACCAGGAAUAUUGUCUCCUCCGGGUCCGUUUCUGACGCCCAGUCCAUCGCCAUCGAUCUCAGCUAGCCCUCGUCUGCAACCAUCGCCAUCGCUCUCGCCGUUCCCACAGGAUGUGGUGCUCGUAGCCGGUGGCAGCCAAGUAAACGCCAACAGCAAUCCCCAGGAACACGAGCGCAAGGCGGCGACGCCUGGCAGGAGACAGUCCAUCCACCAGUUCACCAAUGGCAGUCCCAAUGCUGGAACAGUCGUCUUCCAGCCGAGCCCCUCACAAUCGCCGGCCGCUGCCACGACGGUCAUCGGCGUGACCAGUGGUGGCCUCAUAGCCACCGCCGCCGGAGGAACUGGAGCCGGUCUGAGUGCCGGUGUAGGAGCCGGGAGCAGUUCCGGAGUAGGUAUUGGAGUCACGCUGCACGGAAAUGCCAUCGGGAACGAGCUGAAUGCCACUCUGGUGGGAUCGAAUAAUAUCCAGCUCAAUAAGAAGGGCACAAAGCGGGCAACCCAGCAGCAGCAACAACAACAGCAACAGCUGGGACACCAGAUCUUCAGCAGCGCCGUUGCACCCACCUCGAUCAGCAGUGCGACUGCGGUGGCAGCCGGCGGCGGAGGCUAUGGACAGUUCAAUGCCACCGCCAUCAGCACGCCCACCUCGUUCGCCACGGCCGGCAGUGUGGUCAGCAGCAGCGCCAAAGGUCCGACGAAGGGUCAGAAGGGGCAGCAGCAGCAGCACCAGCAGUUCCAGCACUACCAGAGCAGCAGUCCCCUGAUAGCGGACAGUCCCAUCCCGAGUCCCAGCGGCGCCAUUGCAGCGGCGGCGAUUAAGCCUCCAACCCCGCAGCCCCAACAAAUGCAGAUGCUGCCCCAGCAGUUCACCAUCUCCCAGCAGCCGCAGCAGCAGCAGCAGGCGCAGCAGGUCUUUCAGUUCAUCCAGGGACCGCAGGGCCAGCUCAUAGCCACCACUCCCCAACAACAGCAGCCCAUCCAGCAGCAGCAACAGCAGCAGCCACAGCCUGUCCAGCAGCAGCAGCAUCGAUUCGUUAGCAAUGCCGGAGUCACGGGAAUGUCUACCGGCAAGACCGGCAAGGCACCGCAGCAGAUUCUGCCCAAGCCGCAACAGGAGCUUCAGCAGCAGAAGAAGGGUACGAACGGCGGAGCACAGAUCUCGCAGACGGCGCAGCAAACUGGCCAGGCCAACAAUCCCACCCAACAGCAACAGAUCCUGCUACCUGCCACCACCAACCAGCCGCAGCAGUUGCUCCUUAACCAGAUGCCCGUGCUGGUACAGCAGAAUCCGCAGGGCGUGCAGCUGAUUCUGCGUCCACCUACGCCCCAGCUGACGACCACACCGUCCCUGGUCAUCCAGCAAAAUGCCCGCGGGCAACCACAACUGCAGACGCAGCCGGCACAACAACAACUGCUGCGGAUAGUGGGCACCAAUGGAGCGACAAUGCAGCUGGCUGCCGCGCCCACCUUCAUUGUGUCCUCGCAGGCGAACCUCAUCCAUCAGACGGCGGCGGGUCAGUUCCAGAGCGCCAUCAAGUCUGGCACGCAGCUCACGGGUCUGCAUGCGGCUCUAGCACAGGCACAGGCCCAGGCCCAGGCGCAGGCGCCACGAUCUCAGCCGUUUGCCACGACGGCCACGUUGAACACCCAGCUCCUUGGUCAGAGUGUGGCCGCCCAGCUGCAAAACUUGCAGCUGGCUGCGGCCCAAAUUCAGAUGCCCAACGGCCUCACCGCCAUAUCGCAACUGCCAGCUCAUCUGCAACAGAGCUUGGGUGGAGCCACCAUCAAUCUGAAUCAGCUGAAUGGGGCGCAUAUCCAGCAAAUAGCCAACGCUUUUCAGGCGCCACAGGCUCCAGGAACGAAUAGUGGUGGAGCUACCAGCACGACAGAGCUCUUCACACAAUCCUCGCCGGCACAUGUGCCGCUGGCCGUUACCCCGGAGCCAUUGCGUCAGCCCACGCCAGUGCCCAUGAUGCAGCAACAACAACAGGCUGCGAUGGCGACCAUUCAGUUGCAACAGCAGCAGCAACAACAGCAGCAGGCGCAGAUUCAGCAGUUGCAGCAUCAACUGCAGCAAACACAGUCCCAGGUGCAGCAGGCCCAGCAAUCUGUCCAGGCGACAACUGUCCCGGAGCCCAAAAAGAAGCCGCGACCCCGCAAAAAGAAGCAACCUCCGGCUCCAACUCCGCCAGCAGCCUCUCCGACAGUUGCACCCGCUGAUGUGAGACCCCCGACGCCUCAGAAGAUAGCCAUCGCCGCCACGCCCGCGCCACAGCCAACUGUACGCGCCAAGUCUCCCUCGCCACCACCAACGACGAUCCAGCGAAGUAGCAAUGGAAAGCUCGAUCUCGGCGAUGUGAUGAAGUUUUGCGGAAUCACGGGAGACGAUGACGACGACGAGGACUAUGGAAUGGGCCUAGACACAGGGCUAGCAUCAGAACCAGAGCCAGCUCAAGCCCACGCGACUCCCACAGGAGCAGCGACGGCGGCCAGCAGCGGCGACAUCAUGAUCUCCAUACCGAACCAAAACGGCAGCGAUGGCCUGCCUUUUACCUUGACCAUUCCCGCGCCGCAGCCCCAGUCUUCGACGGGAUCUCAGGCGGCGGGAAACGAAUCAGCCACCGAAAUACCAAAUAUCCUCAUCAAGAUCGAUCCAAGUGCCGAGGCAGCGGUGCCGCCAUUUGGUUUAUCCACGCCUCGGUUGCCCACAGCAGAGGAAAUCCAGAAGCAGGCGCAGCAACAUUUGGCACAACAGGCGGCUGCUGCUGCAGCGGCGGCAAAGGCGACCACUGCCACACCCACCAUAAACAUUAGCCUGCCUAGCAUGACACUGCAGCCGCAGGUUGCGCCGGCACCAGUUGUGACACAAACUCCUGCACCAACCUCGAACCCGGUGUCCACUACAGUUGUUGUAAAGCCAAGAAGGAAGCCCGCGGUACGAAGGAAUGCCAAGAAACCUGACGUGACCAGCAGCGCAAGCAAUAUGAUCUCCUCCAGCAGUGGCACCACCACCACGAUCAGCAGCAGCACUAGUACCAUCCUAAACAACAGUCAACCCACCACAGUAAACACCAUCACCCUGACUACGCCCACGCCAGUGACAAGUAGCAGCAAUUCCACCCUAAUGCUGACCCACGGAACUCCGACGGCAGUGCCAAGUCAGAUUGGCAAUAUUCAGAUCUCACAGGUGCAUAAUCAUCAUCAAUCCACCUUGCCGGUGAGCAGUGCGGUGGAGAACAAGAUUCAGAUAAUGCCGAUCCUGCCACCGGGAGCCACAGUGAUGGGCGGAACACCAGGAACCGGAGGCCAUGCCCCCGCCACGCAAUCAACGCAGUUGGUCUUUCAGCCAGCAGCGCCUUCAGUGGCGCCUACGAUUACUUCGGACUCCACUGGCUUCAAGCUCUCCAGCGAUGGUCGGCAAAUGCAGCUAGUGGCCAUACCACAGGCCACUCCCCCGUCGCCAGCAGCCAGUGCUGCACAGCCAUCGGUUUCAACGCCCACUCCUGCGCUAACUGCCGGAGGAGCUACAAUUCUGCCACCUCAGUUAACCGGAAUGCCUGCCAAUGUAUCGGUUUCUGUGGGAUCCCCUGCCUCGGCUGCGGCUCUUGUGCCUCAGCUAACUGGAAGCCUCACACUCACCGUGUCGGAGCAAUGCGAGCGGUUGAUCCUGCGACAUGAUCCGAACAAUCCCCAAGAUCAUCAAUCGCAGCUCAUCCUGCAGGCUCUGCUCAAAGGCGCUCUGCCCAAUGUGACCAUCAUUAAUGAGCCGACGCGCGUGGAUCCCAACAAACAGACAACACCGAUGUUGCAGCCGCAGCAGCAAGUUAUCCAAAUACCCCAGCCCCUAACGCAGCCUCAGCCUAUCCUGCAGCAGCAACAGCAGCAACCCAAGGUUUCAAACGCCCCCAAAAUAGAAGUUAAAGUGGCUAACAACAGAAAGUUGACUGGCCAGGGAGCACAUCCCGCCAGCAGUAUGCUUGGAAUGACUAGCACCACGACUACCAUGUCAACGAUGAAACCACCGGCCAACCUGCCCGCCAAGCAGAACGAAGUCGUAUCCUUCCCGCCGCUACCACUGAACUCACAGGUUCUCAUUCAGCAGCAGCCUAUGAUUUCUGCGCAGCUACAGCCUCAGUUGCAACCCGUCACUGUGCCCGUGAGCUUGCCCACUCAGCCGGUACCGAUUCCAUCUCCGGCGCCGGCUCCACAACUGGCCAACAAUGGCCAGCAGCGGUACAUUGCCCUGCCGCCCAUCGAUCCCACCACCCAGCAGUUGUUCUGCCUGAACAGCGUCACGAAUCAGAUAACGGCGAUGAGUGCGGGCCAGACGGCGGCUUCGAUUGGUCCCACAGAGCGGUUGCUCAUUGCUCCAGCGGGUAUCAAUGCGCAGCAGCUGGCCCAAUGUCUGCAGUUGGGGCAACUUCAUUUCAACGACGUGAAUCCACUGCCGGCUCAGCAGCAACAGCAGCAAGUGGCGACGACCUCGUCUUCGAUGACACUUUCUAUGCCACUGCGACCUCAGCCACCGCAGCAGCAAAUAGUGCAUCCCAUCCAACCAAUCACGAACGGACUGGCCAUCACCACAACGGCCAGCAGCACGCUGACCACAACCACUAGCACCACUUCGUUAACGACAGUGACCAAGCAGGUGGCCAAUGUGGCGCCGAUUAUAGAUCAAAGCAAAGCGAAACUGGAGCCGGCUAAGGCAGCCACUAGUGGGGCCGGUGGCGGAGCGGUGGUCAAAAAGAAGCCGGUGAGGAAGCCUAAGUCCACGCCGACCAAUGCCUCCGAGUUGGCCAAUCUCAAAAACGCCAGCGUAGUCAAGCCGAUGCCAAAGCUGGAUCCCCUUUCGCAAAAGCCCAACAAUAAUCCGGUGCAGAUCGUGCAGCCUAAUGUUGCCAGUGGAAAGCAGAUGAUUGUGGUGGGCAGCUCCAGUUGCACAACAACUACCACAACUACGAUGAGCGCCAGCAUCCAGCCAUUCCAGACAACGAGUGGCACCAAAUUGGUGGGCGUUACGGUGCCCAUGCAGCAGCAGCAACCCAGUGGUGCGGCAGCUAUAUUGCAACAGCAGCAGCAGCAGAGGACGAGCUUCAGCUUGACGGCAACCACAGUGGCGACACCUGCCCCGAUGCCUUCUCCAACGGUAGCGUCUGUUGUCAGCCAACUCCAAAUGCAGCAACUUCCAACCCAGCAGUCGCAGCAGCAACAACAGCUGCAGCCGCAGCAGCAGCAACCGUUGCAAGCUCCUAAGCAACAACAACCGCAACCAAAUACUGUGUCCCGAGUGCAAACGAUCCAACUUACGCCCCAGAUGCAACAGAUCUUCAAGCAGGUCCAGAUGCAGAUCCAGUUCCUCACCAUUAAGCUGCAGAAUAAGUCCACUUUCUUGCCCGUCUCCCCGGAAAUUGAUGCGGCGACCAUUGCCGCUUACAACAAACCGAUGACGGAUGCGGAGAUAAAUCUGGCACUGCAGCGGCUCUUCGCAGAGCAGCACCGGAUUUUGGCCUCCGGCAAAGAGGUGCCCACUCCAGAGGGUAUGUUGCCAACAGCAAAUGGAACUGGAGGCUUUAGCCUGAUGCCACAACCAGUGCAGCAACAGCAGCAGCAGCAGUCACAGUUGCAAUCAACAGUUCCUGAGCCACUGAAGACAAUCGUUCCGGCCAAUGUGGUUCAGCCCAACAACCACUCUUCUACCCCUGCAGGAGCGAGCACUGGUGGUGCCACAACUGCUCCCAAUGCUCAGCAGAAUAUCACACAGAGGAUACACAUCUACCCCAUGCAACACCAACAACAACAACAGCAGCAGCAGCAGCAGCAGCAACAGCAGCAGCAACAACAGCAGCAGCAGCUGCAACAGGCCGGAGCCAAACCAAAGCAGGCACAACCCAAGCCGCAGCAGGAGCAACACCCACAACUCCAAAUAAAACCCAAAGAACCGCCUAACAGGAACAAAGCGAAUAGCCAGCCGCAGCAGCAAAAUCCCCAGCAAAUGCAACAACAGCCACCCAAUGGAAGCAUCAAUAUGUUGCCACAAAAAGUGAAUAUGCUGCCGGUUGUCCAGCAACAGCAGCAGCAGCAGCAACCACAACAUCAGCAGCCACCAAUGCUUAACAAAAGCGGGCCACCUCCACUGAUCUUCGCCAGCUCCACAAAUAUGCUGAGCAACAGCAAUAGCAACAACCUCCACACUAGCAAUUCUGCAAUGCAAGUGAACAACAUGUUGCCCCUGCCACCAUUGCAGCCCCAACAGCAGCCGCAGCAGCAGUUACAGCAGCAACCAACUCCAAUCCUGCCACCAGUAGCACCGCCAAUGGCCAUGGGAGUGGCGCCAGGACCCAUUGCAAGUCUAGUGCCAUCCCUCCCGACCAUACCGAGUCUGCCGCUGUAUAUGCCGAACAAAAUGGACGAAAUGCCAACACAGAAACCCAAAAUUGCACGCCUCUCCUUAUUCGUUCGCCAACUGGAGGUCGAUCAGGAAAGCUGUCUGAAGCCGGAUUACGUGAAGCCUUUCCGCACAAAGGAUGAGGCUGUAAAAAGGCUAAUCAGAUAUCAUUGCAUGCAUGAGAACGACGUAGAGUUGCCUUCUGACGAAGACGAGGAGUUUGAGUCCACUGCUCUGGAAUUCCAGGACAAAUUCCGCCAACUAAACGGCAAGUUCCAGGAAAUUCUGAUGCAGGAGUCGACGCUGCCACACCGAACUUCUGAGAUACUACAAAUGCAGCAGCUUAUGAUCGAUGAUCUCAAGGGCGAGAUUAAUGAAAUUCGAACCGCUGAAAAGGAGUUAGAGCAGCAGCUGAAGGAGGAGCAAAAUACUGAAAAAACGACAGGGGGAAGCGAUGUUCUGUCGGAGGCAAAAGUUAAGGAGGAGAUCAAACAGGAACCGAUUGAUAAGUCUGCCCAACCAGACGGCGUUGUUGACAAAUUUGAUUUGCUGAAAAAUAGCGCUGAUGUCAACAAAGCAUUCAGCAAGUCGCAGCCACAGCAGUCUACUACAGUAAAGCAAGAGGAAAGCAACGAAGCUGGGGAACCUUCUGUAAAUGGAUCUGUGAAGAGCGAAGGACACGACAAGGAGUCGUCGAAAUACAUUAAGAAGGACUACGACAAUUUCGACAUCGAGUCUGAACUGACGACCAGCUUCAUCAUGAAAAAGGUAGAAAACAAAGCGGCCUUGGCGAAGAGCGCUGAGAAUCGCUACCAGGAAAGAAAUAUGAUGGACCAACAGCAGCAGCAGCAACAUAUCAAAGCCAAUGGAGGAGAUCCCGUAGACCAGGAAGAUGGCUGGUACUGCCUGCAAAAGGAGCUUAACCUGAUGAAUAACGAUCAUAUGCAGCAACCGCAGCCACAACUAAAUGGAAACCAGCAGCAUCUGCCCAUUAAUCGCCAACCGGCGCCUCAGCAAUCGCACUUCAUGGACAACUCAAAUUCUAACAACAUGAUGGGCAAUAGCAACCACAUGUCGGAUCUGUUCCCUAAUGGUUGCAUUGACAAGAGCAACCAGAGCAGCACCAGCAGCAGCAACAGCAGUUGCGUUAGCGAAAGCCUUGCUGGUUCUAAUCCUGUGAAGACUGUCUCCUCAUGCAGCGGCCAACGCGAACAACCGGUGGUCAUGGAUGCUGAGCAGCAAAACGAGCAUCCCGCCAUCAGUGAGUUCUUUAGCAGCGAUUCGGACGUACAGAAAUCUGUGGAGACACGACUAGAGGCAAUGUUUGGGGAGUCGCCAGUGCACUUGGACGUUAAGAGCAGCAACGAUGCCCACGACAUUGAGUCGAACCUGGACGAGAUUUUUGGCGACUCGAAAUCGCCAGCUGCCAACCACAAAAGUAAAAUGAGCAUGUGGGUGCCAGACGCAUCAUUUAUGCAGCAAACACCGCAGCAACAGACGUCACAACAGCAGCAGCAAUACGCAGGUCCACAGCAACCAUCACAGCAGCAGCAUCACAUCGAACUGAACUGCAACAACAAUCCGCGCUGGAUGCAAAGCAUGGAGGCGCACUACAGUGACUUUCUUUCCAGCGGUACUAGCAAUGGAGAGCUUGUCAAUGGAGGAGAAUCGCGGAAACGGAGCUGGGAUAGCCAACUUAUGGGCUCUGGCAGCGAUAUGGAAGAUGACAACAGCAGCAAGCGUCUGUGCACGGCUUCAUCAUCCUCCUCUUCAUCGCCCAUGUCGUCGCAGCAGCAGCACGUUCAGGUUGCACAGCAUGGUCUCUUGGACUCGGACAUGUUCCCCCAGAUGUUGAUGGAUCAGCAGCCACAUCAGCAACAGCAACAGGUGCAGCAGCAACACAACUUUGCCUACGCCAACAUAAUGGAUCAGCAGCAGCAGCAACAGCACCAGCAGCAACAUUUCCAGCAUAACCUGCAGCAACAGAUCCAACAGCAGCAGCAGAUGCAUGUGAGCCACAUGGGCGGAGCAGCAGUAGUGGCAGGCGGCGAGUACGACGAUGACAUCAGUCGGCAUGUGGCCAGUGCCAUCGACAGCAUCCUGAAUCUGCAGAACAGCGGCGAUUCGCUGCAGUUCUCCCUGGGCUCUAUCCUCGGCGAUAGCAUGUUGGACGAUCAACGGCAAGCUGGCGCCAAUUUGCCCAGCUGCCAGCAGGAGCAGGUGAUCCAGCGUCGCCGCCAUCUGGGCGAGGAGAUGAACGACUGUCUGAUUAGCGGCGGUGGUUCCGCGGUUAGCGGAGUGGCGGACAACAGUAGUAACAUACUGCUAGAGCACCACCACCAGCAGCAUCAGUUGAUGCAGAGCCACCAACAACAGCCGCACCUGCAGCAUCACCACCAUCAGAACAUGGCGCAAGCCCAGGCGCAGCACAUGGGGCAGCUGAACGACUUUAGCUGCGUAGCCGGUGGCUUGGAUGAUCCAGUCAAGUCCAUAAUGACAUCCUGACUUGGAGCCCCGAGCAGCACACCAGCAGCGGAAAAUGCCUCGAACAGUCUGAUACUAGAGUUUAAUGCCACCACCUUGUGAAAAACGGAUGAUAAUAAUGACUUCCUGAUUGUAUAGAUACCCGUCUUAGUUGUCCUUGGUUAUUGUUUUACCCCCCGAGUACAACCUUUAAUUAGAUCUAAGUUGAGUCCACGUAGCAUAAAUUGUUUUUACUUAUUGUUUGUAUUGUUUAGACCAAUGUUUUGUACAAUAUUUGAACAGCCCUCAGAUAACCAAUUACUUAAUGCAAGGGGAAAGAACGUAGAGAGAGAGGUGAAAGUUAUGGCAUCUACAAUAUGGCAGAGCCCCAAUAAAGCUAAAAAAGCAAUUGACGUGGUGAAUUGAAAACUAAACGACGAAUAGCAUCAAAUGCUUCUCACAGAGGUACACUAAAUGGAACAUAAUAUAACAAAUAACAAAUUAUAUAGCUACAGUAACUAAGAGAAAGCCCCUAGACAAUUUAUUCAAAUGAAACCAAGAAAGUACGUAAUGAUGGGAAUAAACACGCGCAAAGUGAAAGAAAUGAAGGGAAAACGAAUUGGUUGUAUAACUUAUAAUUAAGUUACUUGAAGCAAUUCUAAGAAACAAUUAAAAUCACGUUGCCAAUUUUGUUGUCGUUUGAAUAUCAAGCAGAGCAAUUUAUCCGCAUCCAAUCGAUUUUUAAAAGCCCAGAUAAAAUAUAUUUAUUUACGCAUUACGUUGCGAAGGAGUUUUGUAAAUAGUUAGAGCAUGCAGCAGUUUCAGUCGCGCCCCAGAAACUGUUCAAUCAGAUUAUAAAUAUAUAGCUAAGCAUUUUUAAAAGGAUAUCAUUUCAAGCGCUUCAAGUACGACUGCUUCUGAUAUUACAGACAAACAAACCAAUCAACCUAUUGACGUGCUCAAUUCGAGAGUAAAGAAUAUUUCGGCAUAGCUACGGGUGUCAUUGGAAAGCAAAUGCAAAGAUCUUAGGGAUUAACGAGUACCAACUAUGGCAAACUACGAAGCAAACCAAAAGCAGUUCAAAAAUCACAAUUUUAGCCAAUUUAGUUUAAACAUUUAUAAAUUAUUGAAUCUAAUGUAAUAUCUUAUACACUUAAACCUAAACCGAUCGAUUGAAACGAGAAGCUAGCAGCUUUGAGAUGAGGAACCACAGGAAAUCAAAUAACAACAAAUUAACGAAUCGUAUCAAUUGUAUCUCGAUCUUGCGACAAAUCUGACUUGUGAUUUGUGCCACGUUUUAAAUAUAGAUGUCUGAUUAGCUUGUAAACAUACAUAAUAAUAAAUACGAUUAAAGUCUAUACAAAAACCCACACUCAGUAAGCCACUACGAAGUUUAUCCAAAACGAAUCGCGAGUCGCGGAAGCAAUUGUAAAUGUUUGACGUGGGGAGGGCGGGCGCCACGCAUGAAUUACAUACCAAUUACAAUACUAACUACUACUUUAAUACCACCACUAACACACCUACUACGAUACGUACUACCGUGGACGGAUUGCUUGUAUUACGUGUAGUCUGUAAGGGAAUUUCGAGAGGUACCAUAUUUUAAGAUGUGCUUCGUUUAUUCAGGCCACCCAUCCAUGACCCCUGACCCCACGAACCUGAACCCUAACCAUACCCACAACCGUAACCAUCAACUCCCCCGCAAAACAUUGUCACCCACUUGCCCAGCGUCCCGUCUGAGUUGCAUGAUCUUGUAUUUCUAUUUUGAAACUUUCUAGUUAUUAUUCAAAGACAACCACUUUCGUGUAAAAAUGUAUAUGUAAUAGCAUAAUUUAAGUUGGCAACUCAAAACUGAAUAAACCUAACUCUACUGAUAGUUUACUAAUGCGAAUUGUUUUAAGUUGUAUUUAGAACGAAAUCGAACUCAGAACUCAAAUCGGUCGCCCCUCCCGCAACCAACUUUCCACAACAACAACAAAGCGCAGUGUCGUCACUUGAAUUGUUCAGCUAAAUGUGUCUAAAUGUAAUUAAACAUAAAGAGAAAACUAAAGAUUUUUAAACAAA